AAAGUAACAUUUAUCUUAUGUUUUAAACUUUGUAAAUAACUACUACUCCAUAGUACUUUUUACUUUGUUUUUGUUUUGGUACUCUUACUUGAUGACGAAUGUAGUCAAAAUUUUCGUUAAUGGGGCUCACAUUCAUCGAUUUCUACACUUUUCCCCAAUUAAGAACCCUAAUAAAAAGAGAAAAUAAAAUUUUAUCAAGUUAGAGCACUUAAAAAAUAAUAGGAGUUUAACUCCCAAAAAAAAAAAAAAAAAAAAAAAAAAAAAAAAAAAUGAGGUUUAUCUGCUUGUGAAAGUAUAACUGUAAUUUGAUUAUUUGACUCUUAGUCAAAUUCUAUCUCAUCACCAAAAGAAUCCUAAUCUCCGCAUAAACCUCGUUAAGAUUCCUCAGUUGUUCUUACUACUCACAAGACUUAUCAUCAUAAAGUAUUUAUUAUAUCUCCAAUAAUGCAAAUUAAUCAACCUUUUCCCACCAUUAAAAGAUAUAUUUCCAUAAAACUAAGAUUAAUAACUUCAACUAAUGAAUACAUUCAUUAUUUAACCCCAAAUCUCAAUUACUAGCAAAUUCAAUUUCAGUGCUAAAAAUGAAGAUGGGUUUUGUAAUUUUGAAGCUUUUCAUAGUUUUGAAUUCAUGGGUUUAUCUUGGGUCGGGUCAUAGACCCGUUUCUGGUGAACAACCCCUUUCAAACAUUAAUAUUUUGAGUACUAUUCUUGCUCUUCAUCCACAUGCCUCCAUUACUGCUGCUCCACUUCUUCUGGGUUUGAAGGGUGAAGACACUGAAUGGGUAGACGUAACCCUUCAGGCUCCAAACCCAUCUUCAGAUGAUUGGAUUGGAGUUUUCUCUCCUGCAAAGUUCAACUCAUCAUCCUGUUAUUCAGAAACUGAUUUGAAAGAUCAAAAACCAUAUUUAUGCUCAGCACCAAUUAAGUACAUGUUCGCAAACACCUCCAACUCAGAUUACACAAACAAUGGAAAAGCCAAUCUGCGUUUCCAGCUGAUCAAUCAGCGUGCUGAUUUCUCAUUUGCUUUGUUUUCAGGCGGCUUGUCCAAUCCAAAACUGGUGGCAGUUUCAAAUUAUGUAACAUUCGCAAACCCUAAAGCACCACUUUAUCCACGUCUUGCUCUAGGGAAGUCAUGGGAUGAGAUGACUGUAACCUGGACAAGUGGCUACAAUAUAGAUGAGGCUGUUCCUUUUGUCCAGUGGGGCCCUCUAGACACAAGUCCAAAGCGAGCACCAGCUGGAACAUUGACAUAUACCCGCAACACCUUGUGUGGUGCGCCUGCAAGGACAGUUGGUUGGCGCCAUCCUGGCUUUAUACAUACAAGUUUCCUGAAGGAUUUGUGGCCAAAUCAGCUGUACAUGUACAGGAUGGGCCACAUCUUGUCCAAUGGUUCAUAUGUUUGGAGCAAGACAUAUUCAUUCAAAGCUCCUCCUUCUCCUGGGCAGGACUCAUUGCAACGUGUUAUAGUAUUUGGCGACAUGGGGAAGGCAGAGCGUGAUGGAUCGAAUGAAUACAGUAACUAUCAGCCAGGAUCACUCAACACUACAGACCAACUCAUCAAAGAUAAAAAAAACUUUGAUAUAGUAUUUCAUAUAGGAGAUUUAUCAUAUGCAAAUGGAUAUCUCUCACAAUGGGACCAAUUCACCUCUCAGGUGGAACCUAUUGCAUCAGCUGUUCCAUACAUGGUUGCAAGUGGUAAUCAUGAACGUGAUUGGCCAGAUACAGGAUCAUUCUAUGGCAAAACUGAUUCAGGUGGAGAAUGUGGUGUGCCAACACAAACCAUGUAUUAUGUUCCAGCAGAGAACAGGGAUAAGUUCUGGUAUAAGGCAGACUAUGGAAUGUUCCGCUUCUGCAUUGCAGACAGUGAGCAUGACUGGAGGGAGGGAACUGAACAGUACAAAUUCAUUGAGCACUGCCUUUCAACAGCAGAUAGGCAGAAGCAACCUUGGGUCAUCUUUGCUGCUCAUCGUGUUCUUGGUUAUUCAUCGGACAAAUGGUAUGGGCUACAGGGCUCGUUUGAAGAGCCAAUGGGUAGAGAAAGCCUUCAAAAGCUUUGGCAGAGGUACAAAGUUGACAUUGCAUUUUACGGACAUGUACAUAACUAUGAAAGGUCGUGCCCAAUAUACCAGAAUCAAUGUGUAAACUCGGAGAAGUCUCAUUACUCUGGCAUUGUAAACGGGACUAUCCACGUCGUUGCAGGUGGUGGAGGAAGUCACUUAUCGGAAUUCAGUGAAGUGAAUACUACUUGGAGUAUCUACAAGGACUAUGAUUUCGGGUUUGUGAAGUUAACUGCAUUCAACCAUUCAUCUCUGCUUUUCGAGUACAAGAAGAGCAGAGACGGCAAUGUCUAUGAUUCCUUUACGAUAUCUAGAGAUUAUAGAGAUGUUUUGGCUUGUGUCCAUGAUGGCUGUGAAUCAACUUCCAUGGCAUCUUAAAUUUGAAGGAACUUGAUAUAAAUUCAACAUGGAAAAUUGAUGACUUGUGAAAUUUUAAAGGGACUAUUGUUUCUCUAGCCUAGGAAGAAUUAAUUGCAUACCAAAAGGAUAUUGAUAGUCAUAUAAUCGAAUUUCAAAGGGAUGCGCAUUUUUCAGACA